AAGGAAAGCGGCAGAGACCACACCGUGCUCUAUAAUAUAAAGUUGACAGCCAUUUGUCGCUUUCAGAUUCAGUUUUGAUUGGAGUGAAGAAACGAUGACAGAGGCUGAGAAGAAAUCAACGAUUCUUGACAACGGAGAUGGUUUAUUCCAGACUCAUGUUCAAUUGGAUGAUGUUCAGGAUGUUAUUGGAGAACAGAUGAACACCGAGGCAAGACUUGGGAAGAAUACCAAGUAUACUGUCGUCGGAGAUGGAAAUGGAUUCAUGAGUCGCGUGAUCCUUGUCGAACCAGAAUGGACUGUUCCUGAUGAGCAUCUCCCUGAGAAGUUCAUCCUGAAAAUCACAUCAUGCCUCCAUGUUCAUGGCCUUGUUGAGAAAAUGAAGGGAAAGAGUCCCGGAGCGUUUCCAGCAGAACAAGAAGCUGCACUGUGGGCAAUUUUUGAAAAUGAAGCUCAGCAACUGCACAAUCGUGAAGUGAAUCUUUACAAAAUCACUGAAAAAUGGAAUAAAAAUGAGACGAUGCUGAGCCCGAAGAUCUACUUUUACAAGAAAUUUGACGCUGAAAACAAGACAAAGGGAAUAUUAGGAAUGGAGUUCGUUAGUGACGUCACAAUUCGACAUCUUUAUUGUAAUGCAAAGCCAUACGAACUGCAUCCAGUAUUGAGAUCAUUAGCAACCCUUCAAGCUGGAAGUCUUCAUUUAACGGAAGAUGAAAUAAAUAGUAUUUCUGGAUUUGAUUUCAAACAAAUGAUGGGAGCUAUGAUGAAUGAAGAAGGAAUGAAGAAUAUUUAUGAGCAGACACGUGAAAUUAACCCUGAACGCCUGACAGAGAAGACAAAUACUGUUGAAGCAUUUGGUCUGGAAGUUGUCAACUUUGAACUUUCUUGUAAUCUCAAUAAAUAUGUUGGUAUUGAACGAGACGUCCUGGUACAUGGUGACCUGUGGGCAGCCAAUAUUUUGUGGAAGGAAGAAAAUGACGGAAAAUUUUCAGUCAGCAAAGUUAUUGACUAUCAGCUCAUUCACAUGGGAAAUCCAGCUGAAGAUCUCGUUCGAGUGUUCCUUUCCACACUUUCUGGAGCUGAUAGACAAGCUCACUGGGAGAGACUACUUGAACAGUUCUAUGAAUAUUUCCUUGAAGCUCUUGGAGAUGAUAAGCCACCGUACUCACUUGAGCAGUUGAAAGAGUCUUAUCGUUGUUACUUUGUGUCUGGCGGUCUUGUCAUGAUGCCCAUGUACGGUCCUAUCGCCCAGGUUAAAUUAUCAUAUUCAAAUGAUACUGAAAGUGUAGAGGAGUACCGAGAAAUUCUCACGGAGAAAGCUGAGCACUUAAUGGAAGAUUUGGAGCGUUGGCAUUUGUAUAGUAAGGAUAAGACAAACAAUUUUAAGGAAGUGGAAACAUCAAAUUGAUUUUUCAAUUUUAUGAUAUUCUGAUUGUUUAAUGUGAAAUUUAUAAAAUUUCAUUAACUUAAUAUAUUAAAUAAAUACAUUUUAUUUUGAUUUU